UUUCAAGUCCUGCCAAGUCGACUCAACACCGCCACUAUCCGCGGCCCUCAGGUUGGCUACAGUAUCUGUAACUCUACCGCUGAGAACCAGAAUUCUAUGUGCCAAACCUCAAUGGUUAACCCCAUCGAUGGCGCGUCCUUUGCAACCAUCGCACGCGAUUUCUGCUUGCGGGCGCCUUUCACCUCCACUAGCGGCGAUACUGCGCAAGAGGAGGUUGCACGGCGUGCUAAGUCUGGUCACGGCAUUCGUCUCAUUCCCAACGGCGCCCUUCAGGGCGUUCAGUUACUCCGCACGUUGGAGUACAUCCAGAUUGCUGGUUUCAUUGACCAGACG